AACGUAAACAGUCCCAAUACAAAGGUCUUGGCGGCUCCAUGUUGUGGCAUAGUUGUAUUUUAUUGAUGUGAGACAGAUAGGAUCAGGCACAGUGUUUCUACUCGCAUGGUCAGGUUGUUGACUCGGUCGCAUAAUGCCCUAUUGUUCUGAUUCUCCGCGCCACUUCGCCAGCCAAUGGAAGCGAUAAGCCAAAGUGAGCUGCGGGGAUUCAAUGCGAAAGACCGUUCAGCCUUUACCUGCCACAGGCUCGUCAGCGACGUUUUCGCUUAAGCAUGUGAUUCUUUUUCUCGUUUCUACACUAGCGGAGUAGCAUUUACCACAGGAUAGGCCCCCGUAGCUAUAGUACACAAGACAAAAGUGCAAAUGUCAUUAUUUGCUUAGAUCUGUUGAAGGACAACUCUAAUGCGAAGCGGCCGUACUUAGUUGCCUCUGCGUGAACUACUACUUAAAUGUGGUCAUUCGACAAACCAUCGUUCCUCGACGUUAAUUGACUUAUUGAUAGUUAAAAAGGUCUCAAGAAAAACUACGCGAAAAAGUGGCUCCAAGGGCUUGGCAGAAUCAUGCCGGGGGCUCGUCCGCUGAAGAAUGACCCCCAGUUUGGGGUUGACUCAAGAUGGAGUUGGAUCAGCGCGGGCUUCUGCAGUUGGGUGCUGUUCCUGGCUGUGGCCACGCCCCGCGUUACCGGCGUCUUCUUUUACGGUGUCAUCGAGACAUUCAGGGUGAGCAGAGGGGAGGCGUCCUGGUCGGUGUCACUGGCGGGUACCCUGUUGGUGCUAGCAGGCCCGAUAGCUGGCACCCUCUGCCAGCGCUUUUCGUGCCGGACCGUCCUGAUAGCCUGCUCGUCUGUGGCAGGGAUCGCUGCAAGUUUAUGCUACCUGGCGGAAAAUCUUAUAUUUAUCACCAUUUCCUUCGGUAUUGUUCACGGCUGCGCCCUAUGCGGCAUGUACGUCGCUGCCAAUGUCUUGGUGGCGCAGCACUUUGAGAAGCGAAGGGCCAUGGCCUGCAGCCUCGUGUACACAGCGAGUGGCCUCAACAACGUCGUUUUCCCUGCUCUGAUGGAGUUCCUUCGCACAACCUAUGGCGUUCGCGGAGCGUUCCUUCUGUACGGAGCCAUUCUCCUAAACAUGAUUCCACCUGUCAUCGUCCUUAGGAGCCCGCCGUGGCUCACCAAGCCGACUGGUGCGCCGAGAAAUGUGGAACAUGAAGCGGAUAACCAGGGAAAAGGGACAGAUGUUGAGAACACUGCGUCAAGUGAAGACGUCGCGUCAGCGGACCUGUCGAAGAAUUCUUCGUCCUACUCACAAAAUGGGUCAAUGUGUAAACACUCGGCGAGCACUUCGAUGAGCACCGAGGGAAUGGGUUCACAGGCCUGUUUGUGUGAAGACAAAAGCGCAGCGAAGAUGACGCAAACUAAGAAAGUCUUAGCAUUCCUUAGACCCAGCCCUACGGCUAAGCAGUUGUUGACAUUCUCUUUUCUAGUCCACGGCAUUUCUUUCGCAGCAGUUUUCUUCACCGCAGGCUUAUUCGUCAUGAUACCGGCCGAUCUUGCCAGAGACCGCGGCCUGAAGCCUUCAGAUUAUGUGUAUGUCCUGCAAGCUUUUUCUGCUGCAGACGUCUCGUUUCGAGCAGUCGUUGGCUUCGCCAUCGACUCACGCAUCUUGUCUAUCGAAUCGUCGAUGCUCCUGGGAUACGUGGUGCAGGGAGUCGCUUACGAGUGGCUCGUGUGGGCUGGGGCGCUACCGCCAAUGAUGGCCGCUGCGUUUUUCUUGGGCGCCACCUGCGGUUCGAGACUGUCUCUGCAGGCGCCCGCCUUGGUCCAGGACUUCGGCAUCAGCAUUUUGCCGAUGAUGAUGGGCGGAGUGGGCUUCUGCGCUGGUGCAUCGCUUCUCGUGCGACCACUACUGAUCGGUUACUACAGAGACACGCUUGGCGACUACACUGGUCUGCUGCAUUCAAUGGCUGCCCUCAACGGGUUCUUUGUAUGCUUGUGGACGGCAAAACUUAUCGCGAAGAGGAGGGCGAUGAUGAAGUUGAAAGCUAGGGAAAACGAGGAAACAAGCAGAACUGAUCUACACCAAUCUGGAAGUGACAUGAAAUGCACUGGAGAAUCACCGGCUACUUGAAGUGCUUCGAGCUGUAGUUAUAGAAAUUUACAUAGUACGGCGCCUAAAAGGUAAAGUAUCAGUGACUUUGUUUACAACGCUAAGCUAGACUCCCAAAGGCUGCUGCCAUAGGCGGUUUAUGCCCUUCGAAGGACACAGUUUUUUGCAGAUCAUUAGAGUUAUCAAAUACAUAUAAUAAUUAAAUACUUCGCAACUGA